UCUGGUGAUUUCAACAUGAUGUAUUUUCAGAAUGUGGUGGACAGGGUGACGAACCUGCCUCUUGUGAGCUCAGCCUAUGAAAUGGUAUCGGCUGCCUACAACAGCACCAAAGAGAAUCAUCCGUAUGUGAAGACCAUUUGUGAUGUUGCUGAGCAGGGAGUGAAGACUAUCACAGCUAUGGCUGCCAGUGGCACCAAACCAAUCAUGGACAAGCUGGAACCCCAAAUUACAGCAGCUAACGAAUAUGCCUGUAAGAGCUUGGAUAAACUGGAGGAGAAGCUUCCAAUUCUUCAACAAUCAACACCCCAGGUUGUCGCUGAUACCAAAGAGUUGGUUUCAUCCACAAUAACUGGAGCUAAAGAUGCAGUCUCCAACACUGUGACUGGAGCAAAGAAUACAGUGACUGGUGUUGUAGAUAUGGCCAAGGGAGCAGUCCACGGCAGCAUUGAGAAAACCAAGUCUGUAAUGGCUGACGGAGUUGAUGCUGCCAUGGCAUCCAAAGUAGGGCAGAUGGUGGUCACUGGUGUUGACAGUGCACUCAAUAAAUCUGAAGAGAUAGUUGAUUAUUAUCUUCCUAUGACUGAGGAGGAACUGGCACAACUAGCCACUCCUGUUGAAGGUAUUGAGGUGGCUCCAGCACCAAAGCAGAGUUACUAUGUGCGCUUGGGAUCAUUAUCUUCAAAAGUGCGCCAUAGAGCAUACCAACACUCAACAUCUAAGAUGCAGAAAGCCAAGCAAAGCAGCCAUGACAUCAUGGUUCAGCUUCAUAACACAAUGGAUUUGAUUGAAUUGGCAAGGAAAGGAGCAGAUACAGCAAAUCAGAAACUGCAUGAUGUCCAGAAGAAACUGCAUCAGACCUGGGUUGACUGGCAGAAGAAUCUUGCAAAAGAGCAAGUGGAGGAAGAGGGGACUCCAAAACCAGAACAGCUUGAAUCCCAAACCCUAACCAUGGCUCGUGGUCUCACCCAGCAGUUACAGACGACCUGCCUAACUUUAGUUUCAAAUGUACACGGCCUCCCUCAACAUAUUCAGGACAAAGUGCAGCAGAUCCGCAAAACAGCAGAGACCAUCCACACGUCGUUCUCAUCUGCCAAUUCCUUCAGUGAUCUUUCAGGACAACUCCUGGCACAAAGCAGAGAGCAAAUGCUGAAGAUCCGGGAGUCCAUGGAUGGGGUGAUGGACUAUGUACUUCACAACACUCCACUCAACUGGCUGGUGGGUCCAUUUGUCCCACAACCAAACGAAUGCAUUGAAUCGGAGGAGAUGGCAGUGGAGGAAGCUAAAGAAUAGAUAUAAUUGUGUACUCUAAAUAGUUGGACCUCAGAAUUAAACUUCUGAGGUAUAGCCUUAUUUCUGAAAGCUUUGAAUAAACAGCAUUAACAUUCACUUGAAUUCAGUCUUAAUUUGUUACCCAUUAAUGAUCCCUAAAAUGUUUUUGUUUCUUAUUUGGAUAAUGCUAUCCAGAGACUCCUGACAUCUGUGCUAAUGUUGAAUUUUCAAUUUAAUAAAGCUCUUAUCUGAAACUUU